AUGUCGGUCUCGUCCGGUGAAUAUUGGCUGAUUUCGGCACCCGGCGAGAAGGGACCCAAUGAUGCCUGGGAUAAACUGAACCGUGCCACCUCGAAUCUCUCGAACAAUUCGAAAUUCAACAUCCCAGAUCUUAAGGUGGGUACACUCGAUCAGCUCGUUGGGCUCUCCGAUGAUCUCAGCAAACUAGAUUCGACAGCUGAAGCAGUCACUCGUAAAUUGGUCCAGUACUUUGGAGAAGUUCUGGAAGAUGACAGAGGCAAAUUGGCAGAGAAUCUUCAGAUUAACAACAAGGACAUCAAGACAUAUGUUACAAAGUUCCAAUGGGAAGGUGCCAAAUAUCCGCUCAAGCAGUCUCUUAAAGUGCUUAGUGAAAUAAUUGGAAAGCAAGUGACGCAAAUUGAUAACGACUUGAAGCAGAAAUCCAUAGCGUACAACAAUUUGAAGAACAGUUUGACUUCGAUAGAUAGGAAGACAACAGGAUCCUUGCUCACGAAAGAUCUUGCUGAUGUUGUCAAAGCCGAAGAUUUCGUUCUCAACUCAGAGUAUCUGCAAACGUUACUGGUUGUGGUGCCUAAGAUAAGUGUGAAGGACUGGCUGCAGCGGUAUUCGACGUUCACGUCGAUGGUUGUGCCAGGAUCAACGCAACUCAUCACUGAAGAAGGCGAACAUGCUCUUUAUUCCGUCACCCUUUUCAAAAAAGUCAUUGAUGAAUUCAAGAACAUUGCUAGGGAAAACAAGUUUAUCGUCCGUGAUUUCGUGUACGAUGAAGAGUCGAUGAAAGCAGGGAAGAGUGAGCGUGACAAAUUGGUAGCUGAGAAGCAGAGGCAGUAUGCUCCUCUGAUAAGAUGGCUGAAAAUCAACUUUGGUGAGAUCUUCGCUGCAUACAUCCACGUUAAAGCCUUGCGAGUGUUUGUGGAGUCCGUUUUACGGUAUGGGUUACCUGUCAAUUUCCAAGCAGCCCUCGUUGAACCAACCAAGGGAUCUCAAAAGAAGCUCCGCGCUGAACUUCACAAGUUAUAUAUUCAUCUAGACGGAUCAGCAGCUGGACCAAUCGAUACGUUGGAAGAUUCGCCGGCGUUGAUGUCACUGGGAGUAAACGAGUACUAUCCCUACGUAUUCUUCAAAGUAAAUCUAGAUUUUGUAGAAAGGAAAUAG